AUGUGCUUACAUAUUUCUCUUAACGCUUUUGAAAUAGCACAUCAUAUCAUAUUACGAAUUCAGCAUUUGAAAGUUAUGAUUGAAGAAUGUUUUGAUAACAAGAGCUACACAGUGAGUCAAAGAAAUUUAGAGAGAUGUAUUUCCUAUCACAUCCAGAUAUUAGAGUUUGCUUCAAGAUUAGAUAAUGCUUUCUUUCAGUGUAUGUUUAGUCAUUUUCUUUUAACGGGUACUAUUUUUGCCUGCCUGGAAAAGCAAAUUCUCGACAAAAUUAAUAUUUUGGGAGCUGUUUUUCACAUUUUGGGAUGGAUUAUGGCUUUGUUUGUGGCAUGUAUAGGUGGACAGGAUUUUCUAAACGCUAGUGAAAUUAUUCCAAACGCAAUAUGGAAUUCUAAAUGGUAUCAAACCGACUUACGACUGAAAAAAUAUGUCGUCUUUAUGCUGAUGCGUUCUCAGAAAGCUUUGCGGAUUCGAGCUGGUCCGUUUGGAGUUCUUUCAUUUCCACUAUUUUUAGCGGUACUAAAAACAUCUUAUUCUAUUUUUUGCAUGUUAUCAUCGUAAGAAGGAUCCCUGCUGGCAGGUAUUUCACCCGAUAAUGAAUUUUGC